CCUCAAACAAGCGACUAUUUCAUAAUCUUCAUCUGCUCCUUCCAUCUGUUGUUAUAACAAGCAGAGGCCAUCAUCAGCUACAUCUCCUCGGAUCUCGAAAUCAAAGACCGAACAGCUACAGCUACGUCUGUCCAAUAACCAACGAGAUAAGGCCAACCUCGAAAAUGCUUUCAUCCAUGGAAACCAUCCUGCCUCCCUCUCCGCCGCAAUCGCCUUCCUCUAUCGACGAGAAUGCGACACUCACCAGCAUCAUGUCUACCUUGCGCCUCGAAGCCAAUAGCAUUUCUUUACUCGCUUCUCGCAUCUCCCUCUCAAAAGAGCUGCAAAGCAAUUUCAUCCAGGCCGUCGCGCUGCUCAAUGGCGCAAACAAGGUUGUUGUGACGGGUGUCGGCAAGUCUGGCAUUAUUGCGCGGAAGGCAGUCGCCAUGCUGCGAUCUCUUGCGAUUGUCGCCGUGUUUUUGGAUGCGACUGAUGCGCUACACGGCGACUUGGGCCUCGUCCAACCCGGAGAUGUUGUUCUCAUGCUCUCAAAUUCUGGCAAGACGGCUGAGCUGCUCCAGUUGAUUCCUCACUUGAAGCAGCGGCCCGAAACGACCUUGAUUGCGCUCUGCUCAGAAAAGGGCUCACCCCUGGGCCAGGCGUGUGAUUGCUGGAUCGACACAUCUGUGCCGAGUGAAGCAACACAUCAAUUUCCUGCGCCAACGUGUAGUACAACAUUGACGCUUGCGGUCGUCGACUCACUGUGCAUUGCUGCUGCUGAACACCGCAGGCUCGAUCAACAGGCCUUCAAAUUCAACCACCCAGGAGGUGCAAUUGGAUCAAAGCUGGAGGAAGACGCAAAAGUCUGUGCGUGUCAAGCGAAUGCACCAACCCCAGCCGUCUCGCCAGAAGAUGCACCCUCGAAAGUGGACGGUAGGCAUCUUGAGCCUGAACCGAUGGCUUUGUCAUGAUAAGACUGGUCUUGUCAAUGGAAGGUUUAAUGACACCAAAAAAGAAACUGUAUAAUAUCACCGCACCACGAUCUGAUGAUUCUUUUCAAUUGCAAGUACGCAUGUUUGUACGCUCGCUAGCUCGCUCGCCCUCGGAGCAAGACAUCUUAGUUGGAUUUUCACAGAUAGCAACUUGACCAGGCAGACGCAAUGAAGUCUGUGUCUGGUCGGCCCCUUGCAUCCUUCUUCCAUCAUUUCAGCGCAGCGAGUAUUCCUUUUUCAUGCCAAUGCGUUCCUAUGAUCGCUACUAA